AUGGCUUCCAUCUUCUCACCCCUCAUCACAAUCUUCCUCUUCCUUCUCAUUUUGGGUGGUGAGGCACGUGACCCCUUUGCAUGUGACCCAAAAGACCCCGCCACAAAGAACUUGGCAUUUUGCAAGGCUUCGCUGCCAAUAGGAGCAAGGGUGAAGGAUCUAAUUGGAAGGUUGACACUAGAAGAAAAGGUUAACUUGCUAGUGAACAAUGCAGGAGCAGUUCCAAGGCUUGGAAUAAAAGGGUAUGAAUGGUGGUCUGAGGCACUUCAUGGGGUUUCAAAUGUGGGUCCUGGAACCAAGUUCGGUGGCCAAUUCCCUGCCGCCACUAGCUUCCCUCAAGUCAUCACUACCGCUUCUUCUUUUAACGCGUCUUUGUGGGAAGCAAUUGGACGGGUUGCCUCGGACGAAGCAAGGGCAAUGUACAAUGGAGGAACGGCUGGGCUUACGUAUUGGAGCCCAAAUGUUAACAUCUUUAGGGACCCACGGUGGGGCCGUGGACAGGAGACUCCCGGUGAAGACCCCGUGCUAGCCGGUAGAUAUGCAGCCAGUUAUGUUAGGGGACUACAGGGAACAGACGGUAACCGGUUGAAGGUGGCUGCUUCUUGCAAACACUUUACAGCUUAUGACCUUGAUAAUUGGAACGGUAUGGAUCGCUUUCACUUUAAUGCACAGGUUAGCAAGCAAGACAUUGAGGACACAUUCAACGUGCCAUUCAGGAUGUGUGUGAAGGAAGGGAAAGUGGCGAGUGUGAUGUGUUCUUACAAUCAGGUUAAUGGUGUCCCCACCUGUGCCGACCCCAACCUCCUAAAACGAACAGUUCGUGGCCAAUGGGGUCUAGAUGGCUACAUUGUAUCAGACUGUGACUCUGUUGGGGUGUUUUACUCUAGCCAACACUACACAUCUACGCCAGAAGAAGCUGCUGCCGAUGCCAUUAGAGCAGGUUUGGAUUUGGAUUGUGGGCCUUUUCUAGCAUUGCAUACACAAAAUGCCGUUAAAAAGGGUUUGGUAAGUGAAGCUGAUGUAAAUGGGGCAUUAUCCAACACACUAACGGUCCAAAUGAGGUUAGGGAUGUUUGAUGGGGAGCUUUCGGCCCAGCCAUAUGGCAACCUUGGCCCAAGGGAUGUGUGCAGCCCAGCCCACCAAGAGCUCGCCCUUGAAGCCGCAAGACAAGGGAUUGUGCUUCUUAAGAACACUGGCCUUUCUUUGCCUCUCUCCACGCAACGUCACCGGACGGUGGCUGUUAUUGGGCCCAAUUCUAAUGUCACCGUCACAAUGAUCGGCAACUAUGCUGGUAUUGCUUGUGGAUACACAAGCCCAUUAAAAGGAAUAGGGAGAUACGCCAAGACUAUUCACGAAUUGGGCUGUUCAAAUGUAGCUUGUACUGAUGACAAGCAAUUCUCGAGGGCUAUAAAUGCAGCCCAAGAAGCAGAUGCAACGGUUCUAGUAAUGGGCCUAGACCAGUCCAUUGAGGCUGAAACCGUGGACAGAACUGGCCUGCUUCUUCCUGGGCGUCAACAAGACCUUGUGUCAAAAGUAGCAGCUGCCUCGAAGGGUCCAAUCAUUUUGGUAAUAAUGUCUGGUGGGCCUGUGGAUAUAACUUUCGCCAAAAAUGAUGCUCGAAUCAAAGGCAUCUUGUGGGCUGGUUAUCCGGGCCAAGCUGGUGGCGCUGCCAUCGCAGACAUCCUGUUUGGAACUGCUAACCCUGGAGGCAAACUACCUAUGACAUGGUACCCACAAGGGUACCUUGAAAACUUGCCAAUGACAAAUAUGGCAAUGCGAGCAAGCAGAUCCAAAGGGUAUCCUGGAAGAACCUAUAGAUUUUACAAUGGGGCAGUGGUGUAUCCAUUUGGUUACGGAUUGUCAUACACCCACUUUGUUCACACAUUAGCAAGUGCACCCAAGGUAGUUUCGGUUCCCGUGGAUGGUCACCGCCACGGCAAUAGCUCCAACAUUGCAAACAAAGCAAUUAAAGUGACGCAUGCACGAUGUGGAAAGCUUUCCAUCAGCCUUGACGUCGACGUUAAGAAUGUUGGAUCCAAAGAUGGCACUCACACGUUGUUAGUGUUCUCAGCACCGCCAUCAGGCAAUGGCCAUUGGGCCCCACACAAGCAAUUAGUGGCCUUCGAGAAAGUCCAUGUUGCUGCCAAGGCUCAGCAGCGUGUGAGACUGAAUAUUCAUGUUUGCAAGCUCCUCAGUGUGGUUGAUAGGUCAGGAACUAGGAGAAUUCCAAUGGGUGUACACAGUCUUCACAUUGGUGAUGUUAAGCACUCUCUAUCACUUCAAGCACAGACACUUGGAAUUAUCAAGUCCUGA